AUGCACUAUCACGUACUUGCUGUCGCCCUUGUUGGCCUUUUCGCUCACAAUGCCAUCUUCAUUCAUGGCGAGUGGCAUAUGCGUAUCCUACAAAUUAUUGUUGGACAUCUUCUACUGAGCGCUCUCAUACUAUAUUUAAUAUACCGACAUGAUAACAAUGCAUCUUUCGGCGGGGCAUUCCAUGUUAUCACUGCCAUGGCCACAGUCUACUUGGGGGCCUUGUUCUCCAGCAUAACUGUCUAUCGCCUCUUUUUCCACAGGAUUUCCCACUUCCCAGGCCCCAAACUCGCAGCCGUGACUAAACUCUGGCACGUCUGGAAGAUCCGAAAAUCCACGAACUACAUAUUUUUGCAGGAGCUUCAUAAGAGGGCGUUGCGGCUAGGUCCAAAUGAGCUCACCAUAAUCGGAGCAUCUGCGUACAGUCUGCUCGAUGGUUGGGGAAAUACUACCACAAGGGAUAUUUGGUAUGAUUUAUUACAACCUCGAUUUUCUGCUGUCUUCUGCCGUGACAAAGACAUGCAUAAGAAAGGUCGCAAGGCCUGGGUACAAUCCAUGACAGGGAAAUCCCUGGAUGCCUUCCUUCCUCGAAUCGCAGCGUUAGCUCAGUCAUUGUCUGAAUGUAUUGCGUCCUACGACACCCAGCCCAUUGAUGUUGACGACGUUAUGUCUUGGUUUUCCUUCGACAUUAUGGGGGAUAUUUUGUUUGGAGAGGAUUUCAAUCUAUUGAAAUCUAAAACGUGGGAACCUGCUAUUAAACACCGUGAUGGCGCUCUGGCGCUUCUUGGACCCCUCUCAGAUGCCACUUGGAUUGCACAUCUAGCCUUCCUACUUGUGCCUUUCUAUGGUAGAGUGAAAGACUGGGAUCUCAUGGUAUCAUUUUGUGAAGACCGAAUCAAGGCUCGUAUUCAUCGAGGGGAGAAUAAAGAGAAACCUGAUAUGUCAGGGUAUUUCCUUGAAGAACAUCAAAAGCUUAGCGAUUCUAUGAGCUUGAAGGAUCGCGAUCUAUAUCUAGCAGGUACCAUGGUUACUGCAGUGGUCGCAGGCAGUGAUACGACGCGAGCGGCUUUGAUUGCAAGUUUCUGGUUCCUGGCAAAAUACCCAGAACACGCCAACAAAAUAAGGGAUGAGACCCGUGGCGUGUAUGAAAGAGAUUUCGCAAAGCUUGCCAGCUUGCCGCAUCUCAAUGCUUUCAUUGACGAGACACUCCGCCUGAUACCGCCUGCUGGUAUGACAGGCACGGCAAGGAUUACUGGUGAGCAGGGGAUGACAUUCGAGAAUGUCUAUAUACCCCCGUUUACGAAGGUUACGGCCCCAAGAUAUAUCAUCAUGAGAAUGGAAUCCGCAUUUCCGCGUCCAGAUGAGUUUAUCCCCGAGCGAUGGUAUUCGCAACCAGAGCUCAUCCGCGACAAGCGGGCGUUUGCGCCAUUCUCAUUCGGCGCUCGCCAGUGCACGGGGAAGAUGUUAGCAUACGUCGAGCUCCGUCAUAUAGUGACACUUCUUCUUCGCCGAUAUGAUAUCGAGUUCGCACCCGGGUACGACCCGAUGACCAUGUGGCGCGGUUUGAGGGAUCAGGUCACAGCCCAGCCGGGUAAGGUAAUGUGUGUAUUCAAAUCGAGGGAGAAGUAA